AUGCCACCCUUCAAGGAGGAUCGUCAAAUGUCACGAAAUCGCUAUAUAUAUAUUGUCAUAUUCCUCAUAGCCGGCUUUUGGCUUAUAUACCCUCGCUUUACCGUAGACGUAACCAAUGAUUCCCAACUGAUUAAUAAACCGACCGGUUCAGGGUCGGCCGCGCAACCCAAAAAUAUUGCCGGGAACUCCUUCCCUACCUCUUCGUUCUUCGGCUUCAACAACUAUACGGGAUACAUUCCUGGCCAUUUGCCUUUGAUCAUCUCUGUGGCCCACGGGGGUCACAUCUUCCCCAAAGACGUGCCCACACGGGAAAAAAACUCUCCAAAUGUUAUUAUCUCAAAUGACAUAAACACGUUAGAGAUUGGGAAAGCAUUAGUAAAGGGCAUGGUAACAAAAUUUGGCGGCAGGAGGCCAUAUCUCGUGUUCAACAAUCUCGGUCGUAGCAAAGUCGAUGUUAACAGACCUUUCGAAGAAGGUACAGAACCCAACAGGACGGCUCCUAAUGAGAUGUCGGUAUCACAGCAAGUCUGGCAGGAUUAUCACAACUUUUUGAAGAGGGCAGUUGAAGAGGUCAAAGAAAACUAUGGACGAGGGCUAGUAAUUGAUCUGCAUGGGCACGCGCAUCCCGAAAAUUACGUUGAGCUUGGUUACUUACUUCCCCGCAAAACUUUGCAAUUGCCAACUCAUGUUCUAAACACUGAUCCAUCAAUAUCGUCAAGCUCUUCGAUACGUGCUCUAUACAAUCGUAUGGUUGAUUCGGUGACUUUUACUACUCUCCUCCGUAGCGAAGUUUUCUCGCUAGGGGGACGCUUGCAAAGUUACGGAUACGAUACUGUACCCUCUCAUGUUCAUCAUCAUCCUGUUGAGGACGAAAACUAUAUUUCGGGUGGUUUUUCCGUACUACAGUAUGGAUCAAGAGAUGGUAAUGCUAUCGAUGCAAUUCAGCUCGACUUGCCGAGGGAACUCAGAGUUGGGAACAGCGAACUCAGGAAACGUUUUAUCGAAGAUUUGACAGACAUUUUAAGUUGGUUUUUAAGCGAAUAUUAUUGGGGUAAUAUAGAGAAUCGGGAUGAAAUCACUUCCUAA